GCCAGACUGAUGGUUGCAAUUAUUGGUCUUCUCUCUCUCUGCGCUUAGACAAUACCUAAGCCAAGUGCGAGGCGUUGAGGCUGGUUUCUCGCAUUGUAGUCUGCUGUCAAAUAGGAAGGGUUGACUUAAUGCGACACGCUUACCAUUAUUCAUGUCAGAGGCGAUUGCUGGAGUAAUCGCAGAGACCUGGAACAUGGAGACCACGUUAGGCGAGACGUUCGUAGACAUCUUUAUUCCGCUAUCGGCGGCUCUAGGGAUAGCGUUCGCGCUGUACCAAUGGAGUGUGGUGAGCCGGGUGAAGCUGACAGCGCCGCUAAGCGUCUACGGAUUGGAAGACGGCCAAUCGGAGAACGUGGACCAACAGAUUGCGGAGAUUCAGCAUGCCAUUGCAACGGGCGCGACGUCGUUCCUGACGACGGAGUACAAGUACCUGGCGGCGUUCAUGGCGUUCUUCAGCGUGCUCGUCUUCCUCUUCCUCGGCUCCGUCGAUAAGUUCAGCACCGCGUGGCGGCCAUGCCCAGACAACCCCGCGCAGCAAUGCGCGCCCUCCCUCGCCAACGCCUUCUUCACCACCGUCGCCUUCAUCCUCGGCGCGCUCACGUCGACUCUGUCUGGCUAUCUGGGGAUGAAGAUCGCCACUUAUGCCAAUGCGCGCACCACAGUGGAGGCGCGGCGGGGCAUCGGCCCAGCGUUCGUCGUCGCUUUCCGCUCCGGCGCAGUGAUGGGCUUCCUGCUAGCUGCGAACGGCCUCAUCGUCCUCUUCAUCACCAUAGUGCUCUUCCGCCUCUACUACGGAGACGACUGGCGCUCGCUCUUUGAGACCAUCACGGGGUACGGGCUGGGCGGCUCCAGCGUCGCGCUGUUUGGGCGCGUGGGCGGGGGGAUCUACACCAAGGCGGCGGACGUGGGCGCGGACCUGGUGGGCAAGGUGGAGCGGAACAUUCCAGAAGACGACCCCAGGAACCCUGCGGUCAUUGCAGACAAUGUGGGGGACAACGUGGGCGACAUAGCGGGCAUGGGGUCGGACCUCUUCGGGUCCUUCGCCGAGUCCACCUGCGCUGCUCUCGUCAUCGCGUCCAUCUCGUCUCUCGGCCAAACCCACAACUUCACCGCCAUGUGCUUCCCCCUGCUCGUCUCUGCGCUCGGCAUCCUCGUGUGCCUCUUCACCACCCUCUUCGCCACCGACUGGUUCCACGUCACUGAAGCACGUCAUGUAGAGCCGCAGCUUAAAGCCCAGCUGCUGAUUAGUACUGUGCUGAUGACGCCGCUGGUGCUGGGUUUGUGCUAUCUCGCACUGCCCGCGUCGUUUACGAUCGUGGUGGCGGGGGAGGAAGCGGAUAAGACCGCCCAGAACUGGCAGAUUUUCUUCUGUGUGGCGUCGGGGCUGUGGGGCGGGCUUCUCAUCGGCUAUGUGACCGAGUACUUCACCAGCCAUGCUUACACCCCUGUACGGGAUGUAGCAGACUCGUGCAGGACAGGAGCAGCCACCAACAUCAUAUUCGGUCUCGCUCUGGGCUACAAGUCGGUGAUCGUCCCUGUGUUCGCCAUUGCAGCCGCCAUCUACCUCAGCUACGCCAUUGCUGCCAUGUAUGGGGUGGCCCUCGCUGCUCUGGGGAUGCUGUCUACGCUCGCCACGGGGCUGGCCAUCGACGCGUACGGGCCCAUCUCUGACAACGCGGGGGGAAUUGCAGAGAUGGCGGGGCUGGGGGCGGACGUGCGGGAGAGGACGGACGCACUGGAUUCGGCUGGGAAUACAACCGCUGCCAUUGGCAAGGGCUUUGCCAUCGGAUCAGCAGCCUUGGUGUCUCUCGCCCUGUUUGGAGCGUAUGUGAGCCAGGCGCAUGUGACCAACAUCCUCAUCACCAACCCGCAGACAUUCGUGGGCCUUCUAGUGGGCGCCAUGUUGCCGUACUGGUUCAGUGCCAUGACCAUGAAGAGCGUGGGCAAGGCGGCACUGGCCAUGGUGGACGAGGUGCGGCGGCAGUUCGACACCAUCCCGGGGCUCAUGGAGGGCACCGCCCGCCCCGACUACCGCAAGUGCGUGCAGAUCUCCACCAAGGCCUCGCUCAAUGAGAUGCUGCCACCUGGCGCGCUCGUGCUUCUCUCGCCCAUCAUCACCGGCACGCUCUUCGGAACCGCCACGCUGGCGGGGUUACUAGCAGGGGCGCUGGUGUCUGGAGUGCAGAUGGCAGUAUCAGCUAGCAACACGGGAGGGGCCUGGGACAAUGCGAAGAAGUACAUCGAGGCGGGGGUGAGUGAGCACGCGCAGUCGCUGGGGCCCAAGGGGUCGGAGGCGCACAAGGCGGCGGUGAUUGGGGACACGGUGGGGGACCCCCUCAAGGACACGUCAGGGCCGUCGCUGAACAUUCUGAUCAAGCUCAUGGCGGUAGAGUCUCUGGUGCUUGCGCCGUUUUUUGUUGCUCACGGGGGGCUCAUCUGGGGCAAGUCCAAGUGAGAAGGGGCGUUUGAGGCGCAUCGUCGUAACACUGGGGGGUGCGAUAGAGGACAUGCCGGGCCUGGCACAUAAGAUUCUGGUCGAGUCGGUGGAAUCGCUGGUGCUGGCGCCCUUGUUCAAGCUGAUGACAAGGAGGGGGUUACAAGCUGUUGAUGGGGGCACCACUAGGUGGUUGCAGGGUUGUCAACUCAGGGGUUGGCUGCAGGGGUUGUCAACUCACUGCAGCAUACUUGGGAUGUGGAAAUGUGGUAGAUUCGUUCUAGGGCCCUUUUUUCCGAGAGAGUCAUAGUCACGUGCGUUAUGUCCCUAGGCUCGUCGAUACUGUACUAGCCUGAAAUCCAUGGGAGUAUUGGGUAGGUGUGGUGAUGGGAAUACAGGGUACAGUAGUGUGAAAUAAGGGCACUGUAUAAUCCGAUAUUCUACACAAGUCAUACUUUGGACAUGAGU